CAAAGGCGUUCUGGUGGUGACGUCACAAGCACGCCCGCAGGUUCCGCUCAGUACGAGUGCGAGUGACGUCAUAGACACAACUUUGAUACCGUGUGCCCUCCAUGUUUUGGGGAAGUUGAGCGCUACUGACAACAGCAACAUGUGACGGAGCGGAGCAGGAGACAGAGGCGAUCGAUGGAAUUUAUCUGUAAUGUGCGCGAGGACGCGCCCUUUAAAGUUUCUCGGGUGGUUGAAAGAAUCGCGCAACACUCAGUUUGAAACAAGCGCUCAAUUCUCCGGCGGACGCGCGGGCUGCUUUGGGCGAAACAGUGUGUCGGGUGAAAUACAGAACGAGACUGUUCACGCGUCAGUUCCUUUGGAUUGUUUGUAGUUUGUUUCCUUCUGAAAUGAGGAACUCGCCAUAUAGAUGCUAUCGGGACUGUUGAGCCCUUCUCGGACCUCCGUCGCCGGGCGAGAGUCGGGCAUUGUCCGUUAUAUCACAAUGAUAAAGCGGAAAGCGGGUCGGGUGUUUCUGGCGACGUGCGUCGGGUCCUUUUUUAUACUUAUUUUAUACUUUCAAAACAUCUCAAGAUCAGUUUCCGAACAGGUUUCGGGUCAAACCAGUUUCCCAGUUAAAUCAGGAAGAAGUCCUCUACAAACACUACAGGAAAAUGAUCAGCUGGAUCAUUCUGCGGUUCAGGCCACUCUACAGGGCCGACGGGAACUCUUGGAGGAAACCUGUCGAACCCACACGCAUAAAAGACGCGUGCUCGGCCCAGAAGAUCUCCGUCACCUCAUAGUUGACGAUAAACACAAGUUACUGUACUGCUAUGUUCCUAAAGUGGCGUGCACAAACUGGAAACGCGUGAUGAUGGUGCUAACAGGCGACGGCCGCUACCGCGAGCCACUUGCCAUUCCGGCCAACGAGGCUCACGUAGCGGGCAACCUGCGUUCGCUCUCGGAGUAUUCCACAUCCGAGAUCAACAAGCGCCUUCGCACGUACCUAAAGUUCAUCUUUGUGCGUGAGCCUUUCGAAAGACUCGUCUCUGCCUAUCGCAACAAGUUCACUCGUAGCUACAACACAGCUUUUCAUAAACGCUACGGAACCAAAAUCAUCCAGAGGCACCGUUUGGCCCCUCAGUCCGAGGCUUUGGAAAAAGGCAACGAUGUCUCAUUUGAGGAGUUUGUGUAUUAUUUAGUAGACCCACAAACACAGAGAGAGGAACCGUUAAAUGAACAUUGGGAACGGGUUCACUCGCUUUGCCACCCUUGUCUUAUUCAUUAUGAAGUGGUAGGCAAAUACGAGACGCUUGCGCAGGAUUCGCGUUACUUGUUGAAGGUAGCAGGUGCGGACGGAGAGGCCAAAUUCCCGACUAGCUCCAAAAGCACCAGGACCACGGGAGACAUGGCCGCUAAGUUCUUCGACAACAUUAGUCCAUUUUACCACAAGAAACUCUUUAACCUUUACCGAAUGGACUUCUUACUUUUUAACUACUCUGUGCCGGCAUACUUGAAGUUGAGUUGAGGUUUUGCACAACGCAGUGGUUUAUCUGGUGCCCAAACCGACUUUGUUUGCACACGAAUGUCUCUUGCAAGUGUACGUUGGGGUUUAUUUAUCACUCUGGAGUGAGCCGGCUUAACAGAACCUGGAGAGGAAGAGCCUUGACGUCACCCUGACUACCUUAAGCCAAAUUUCAGUGUUGUGAAUACAUAACUGCUGGCAUGGGUGUUGAAUCCCAUGGGAGUUCACAAAAUACUGUCUGUAAUUUCUUUGGCUUUGUUAUAGCUGAUGACUGAUUUCAAAGUAUGUGCCUUUGUCCUUAAUGUUGAUAAGUGAAGCAGGAUUCUUCAUCAACCGACAAAUGCCGUGAAUGUUUCACCUCCUUCAAUCUUCAUCACCCAAAUGAUAUUUAUGGUACCGUUUAAAUAGCAUAUUUAUUGUAGCUUUCGCUCUUGAACUGGAAUCAGCAAAGCCUUGACUUGGAUCUUGAAUCAAUUCCUAAGAUUUGAAAGCUUCCCAUCUAGCAUUCUGUGGAUAUGACUUCGCACCAUAACGCCACACAGUUCACCUGGGACGUAUUGUCCAAAUCAAAUGCUAAAUAAGUGUAAACAGUUUUUUUUUCCAAACUGGGAUAAGAAAGCAGUGUCAAGGUAAUGAAAUAAAGGGAUGAAUUUAGACUCUUCUUUUAGUCAUGAACUAGCCCAGGCUUUCCACAUCGACCGGUUUAACUCUUCUGGAAUGAUACAUUCUCACAGAGUCACCCCUUUAUUUAGCAUGCGUCAGGCUGGGUAAACAGUGCAUAGCUGCGGUUGGGGAAGGUAGACCCUCAUCACUGCUCCUCUUGUUGAGUUAUGGAUGCAGGGUGAGGUUCAAACUACCCACUGAGCAUUGCAGGUCAAACAUCAGUUGGGUCUUGGAAAGAAUCACUCGUCUUAUUAAUCUUUAAUAAGAGUUGAAGUGCAAUAAAGGUUUGUAUGAGGGUACCAACUUUUGGUUUGUGAAUAAUACUUAAUGAAAUGCUUAGCUGUAAUGCUAUCCAUCCUUUAAAACUCUUAAUGUUUUUUUAAGAAAGAGACCUUAUGUGCAAGUGCACUAUGGCAGUGGUUCCUAACCCUGUUUUAAGAGGCACCCCAAUAGAUACUGGAUGUUUUUCUUAUCAAACACAGCAUAUUUAACUCCUUGUUAGUAGGUCACUAGCAGAGAGCUCCAAGACCUUAUUAGCAGAUAAGACAGACAUUCACAAUGUUGUUUUUUGGUGAACCUCCAAGAACAGGGUUGGAAAGUACGGCUGAGUCCUGCUUUAAUUUGAGCGAAUGAAAUGUUCUUGUUGUGUGUUAACACUUGGUUAAUUGAAGGUGACGUGUAAAUUCAUUACCAGCACCAAACAAAAUUGUAAAAACAAGUUUCUAGACAUGUUUCAAGCAGAAUCACUCCAAACUUGUGUUGUUGGUUGGACCAAGAACUGUCUGUGCAGUUUUAUUUGUUGGCACAGGAAUGAAACAUUUAAUUGCAAUAGUUACUUUUCAGUUACUGGAAAGGGUGACUAAUAUUUACAGCUGAAGAAAUCUUAUGAGAAAGAGAUAAGCAUAAGAAUAUCUGGCUAAUAUCCGGCCGACAGAUAGACAGGAAUUGCCUUAGGGUAGAUCCAUAGUCUGGUGCACAGCGGGUACCUUGUGUGCAACAGUACAUAACCUUUUGGAAUGUACUGUUGGAAAAGUUUUCUAGUGUAACAGUAAGUCACAAUAUGCGUUGAUGUCUUCCAUUUCAAAUACGGCCAGAAGGAUUCAUUCAUCAAUGCAUCUGUUUAUAACAUUUUAAUGGGAAACCUGAAGAAAAAAUACUUCCAGAUUUGAAAGGUACACGACUCUGUCUUAGCAAAAAGUUAUUUGAUUCUUAUUUGAAAUGUAUGAAUGUAUUCUAGCAGGAGAAAAGAGUCGGAAGAAAUAAAUGUGAGCUUUUACAAGGUAAACUGUUGUUUGUGUGGUAACAAACCGUACUUGCCCCUGUGAUGUAACUAACAGUUUGCACCUGUUUUGAAAGCUUGUGGUAAUGUCCUGCAUAACUGUGAAUGCUAAUGUGCACUAGUCAGUAUGGAAUCUUGCAUUAAGAGGUUUCAGUUGGAUUUCAACAAACAGCGAACAUCAUGAGGUCUUGAUCCAUCCAUUUCAAAUGUCAUGAAACAAAUUGUCUGUUACGAGCUCCAGCGAAAAAACAUUUCUGGAGUUGUUUUGGUGUAACUGUAUUAGGGGCCACAACAUAAACUGUAGAGGAAGUUAUGUGAACAACUUUGAUUCAGCCUCAGAGUGAAGCUAUUACAAAUGUCUCGAAUAAAACUACCACAUUUUCA